CUUGUUAUUAAACUCCGUUAUGGCGGCUAAACCAUCCGUCUCUAUUCAUCACUAUUUGGCUAUUGGCCGAUUGGGUCGUGGCGAAGUAACUAAUCUUUUUUUGAAAGAUGCGGGAAUUGAAUACCAAGACAUACGAUAUGCGUAUGAUGACACUUGGCCCAAUACUAGCAAGGAAUUGAAGGAGAAGGGCCUUACAAGGACCGGUAAAGUCCCUGCAGUAGAAUACAAGGGUGUAAUUUUGAAUCAACACAUUCCAACUUUACGUUAUAUCGCCCGAGACAUUGGCCGCUACGAUGGAGAAACAAACUGGGAAAAAUUUAUUGUAGACGCAGUAUCAGAUGUCUACAUCGACUGGAGAUAUAAAUGGGUCCAAAAUCUUGGGCAAGCAACAGACGAGUAUAAGAACAACUAUGCGCCAAGUUAUUACGACACAAUAGCGCAGUAUUACGGCGAAACUGAUGGUCCUUACUUGCUGGGCGACAAAAUCACCUACGCUGAUUUUGCUGUUUAUCAGUCUAUUGACAAUGAUCAAAGGACAGGGACUCUACCUUCAAACUUGUCCACUUCUAUAACCAAGUUCAAGGAGACAUUUGAACAACGUCCGAAUAUUGCACAGUAUAUCAAAGAGAAUUUGCCUAAGCUUUAGCUAAUGUAUUAGUUGCUAGUAUCAGACUAUGAAUAAAUAAUUU